AUGCAGAGGAGUGUUUUUGAGGAGAUACAUCAGAAGAUAAAUGCGCGGAGGAAUUUGGUGCACCAUGAUUGGGCAGCUGCUCUCCAUACCAGGACCGUACAAAGUGCAGAAGCAUAUCCUUCCCCUGGGAGGAUAGGGAAAAGAGAAAGGGGCCGGGUCGGUGACGUGGGGUCGCAGAGUCGGGGCUGUGAGAGCAGAGAACGAGCCACAGCAGGCCCGGACCUGAGCGGCCUGAGGAGCGGAAGAUGGGGAGGAGAGAAACCGGCCUCCUGCCAGGACAUGUCGUGCAGCAAGCAAGGAAAGUGCAUGGAGACCAUCGGGAACUAUACCUGCUCCUGCUUCCCCGGAUUCUAUGGGCCAGAAUGUGAAUAUGUCAGAGAGUGUGAGGAUCUCGAUCUCCCUCGGCAAGCAUUCAUGAACUGCAGCCACCCUCUGGGAAACUUCUCCUUUACUUCAGAGUGCAGGUUCCACUGCGCGGAAGGGUACGAACUGAAUGGGCCCAGCAAGCUGGAAUGUUUGGCUUCCGGAGUCUGGACGAGUGAGCCACCGCAGUGUGUCGCUGCCCAGUGCCCACCCCUGAAGACUCCUGAGCGAGGAAGCAUGACCUGUCCACACUCGGCCGAGGCCUUCCUGUACGGGACCAGCUGCCACUUUAGCUGUGAAGAGGGAUUUGCAUUAGUUGGAUCGGAGGUGGUGCAGUGCGCGGCCUCAGGGGUGUGGACAGCCGCAGCCCCAGUGUGUGAAGUUGUGCAGUGUCCCCUCCUGGAAGCCCCUGGGAAAGGAACCAUGGACUGUGUCCACCCCCUCUCUGCAUUUGCAUAUGGCUCCAGCUGCAAAUUUGGAUGCAAACCUGGCUACCAGGUGAGGGGCUGGGCCUCUCUCCGCUGCACGGGCUCUGGCCAGUGGACCGCACCCUCGCCAGCUUGUGAAGCCAUUGCCUGCGGGCCACUGCAGAGUCCCGUUCACGGCAGCAUGGACUGCUCCCCAUCCUCAGGAGCAUUCCAGGACAACACCAGCUGUAGCUUCCGUUGUGCCGAGGGUUUCAAGCUGGAAGGAGCUGACCUAGUCCAGUGUACUGAGUUGGGACAGUGGACAGCGCCAGCCCCGGUGUGUCAAGCUCUGCAGUGCCAGGAUCUUCUGGCUCCAAACAGGGGGCAGGUGAACUGCUCCCACCCACUUGGUGCCUUUAGGUACGAAUCCACCUGCCACUUCGCGUGCAGUGAAGGCUCCCACCUGGUGGGAGCAAGCGUGCUGCGGUGCUUGCACUCUGGGAACUGGAGCUCUCCUCCUCCAGAAUGCCACGCCAAUACGUGCACAGCUUUGGGAAGCCCUCACAACGGCACAAUGACCUGCGUCCAGCCUCUGGGGGAUUCCAGUUACAGGGCCACGUGCCGAUUCGCCUGUGAUGAAGGAUUCUCUUUAUCCGGACCGCAAGCUGAUUGCACUCCAUCUGGACAUUGGACAGGCUCCGCACCAACUUGUGAAGCCAUCAAGUGCCCAGAAUUAUUUGCUCCAGAGUGGGGAAGUCUGGCUUGUUCUGACACGCAUAAGGAACUCGGGGUUGGCUCCACCUGCCGUUUCUCCUGUAACAAGGGUUUGAAGCUGGAAGGAUCCAGUAAUGUUGAGUGCACAGCUUCUGGAGAAUGGACGGCACCUCCACCGACCUGCGAAGGCACAGUAACGACUCGUACUUCAGACGAGGUCCGAUGCCCAGCCCUCAUCACGCCAGAGCAAGGAACCAUGUCCUGUAGGCACCCUCUGGGAAACUUUGGCUUGAACACCACUUGUUACCUUGGAUGCAACGCUGGAUUCACACUCUUGGGAGACAGUGCUCGCAGAUGCAGACCUUCAGGCCAGUGGACAGGAGGAACUGCGGCGUGCAGAGCUGUCAGAUGCGCCGAGCUGCACGUGAUUGAACCUGGCGGCAUGAACUGCUCCAAUCCCUGGGGCGGUUUCAGCUAUGGAUCAACCUGUCCCUUCUACUGUCCGGAGGGCCAGGUACUUAACGGCUCAGCAAGAACAGCAUGCCAAGAGAACGGCCAGUGGUCAGCUCCCAUGCCAGCCUGCCAAGCAGGGCCGUUGACAAUCCAGCAAGCCCUGACUUACUUCGGUGGAGCAGUGGCUUCUACAAUAGGCUUGGUGACGUGUGGGACACUCCUGGCUCUGCUAAGAAAGCGCCUCAGACAAAAAGAUGAUGGAGAGAGCCCCUUGAACCCUCAAAGCCACCUGGGAACAUACGGAGUUUUUACAAAUGCUGCAUUUGACCCAAGUCCUUAAGAGACUGUCCUGCUGGUCUCCUUACUCAACCUCCACAGGAUCCUAUUUUUGAACAUCAGGCUUCCUGCCAGACUUGACUUCAGCUGUAGCAUGUUUGCUGCAGUUUUCUGGAAAUACUUGUUAAAGAAGGACAUGGGGUUUCCUGUAGAUUAGCUCUGGAUGAGAGCAGAAGGAUUGUGCCACAAGCCCAGAC